GGCGGCUGCCCAGGCUCCGGACUCGGGGAGAGCGAGCGAGAAGUAGGAGCAGGCGGAGGAGGAGAGAAAGGAGAAGGAAAGGAAGGAGGAGGAGAGGAGCUGGGGGAGCGCUCCGGUCGCCGUCAGUGGGCAGCGGAGACGCGGCAUGCCCCUGGCGGGGGAGAGCGGGCUGUCCUCAGCAGGGCCAUGGGGACCCGCGCUGUGACAAUGCCUGGGUGAGAGGAGCAGCGCCAGCCAGCCCGCCACCUCCACCAGCAUCACCUCCUGCACUCAGCUCACCGCCGGCCACCAGCCCCAGCCUCCUCCGACUGCCUCUCCGUCUCCCUCUCUCUCCCCCUCUCUCUCUCUCCCCUCUCUCUCUCUCUCUCUCUCUCCAUUAUUGUUUUCCACUCUACAGAGGAUGGGGUCGGCUUAUGAUUAGGUCGGGAGCAAGUCAGAUCUUCCUCCAAAGCCCGGUAAUAUUUAUGUAGGCAAAGAGAGAGAGAGAACAGAGAGAGAGAGAGAGGGAGAGAGAGGGAGAGAGAGGGAGAGAGAGGGAGAGAGAGAGAGAGAGAGAGAACCGGGAGGAGGGGAUAAGGAAAUUAAACCCUUUAAGUCAAUGCAUAUUGUGGUGACACCGGCACAGGAGCCCUCACGGUGGAGUCGGCCAGGGCUGUGCGUUCCCAAAAUAUGACCAGGGGUGCUUGGAUGUGUCGGCAGUAUGACGACGGCUUAAAAAUCUGGUUGGCAGCACCCCGGGAGAACGAGAAACCGUUCAUCGAUUCAGAGAGGGCUCAGAAAUGGCGACUGUCUCUGGCAUCUCUCUUGUUCUUCACAGUCCUGCUCUCUGAUCACUUGUGGUUCUGCGCCGAGGCCAAGCUGACCCGGACCCGCGACAAGGAGCAGCAUCAGCAUCGGCAGCGGCGGCAGCAGCAGCAGCGGCACCGGCAGCACGAGCCCUCCUGGCCCGCGCUCCUGGCGAGCAUGGGGGAGUCCUCGCCCGCCGCCCAGGCACACAGACUCCUCUCCGCCUCCUCGUCCCCCACCCUGCCCCCCUCCCCGGGAGACGGCGGCGGCGGCGGCGGCAAGGGCAACCGAGGCAAAAACAACCGGAGCAAGGCUCUUUUUCUAGGAAACUCUGCCAAACCCGUGUGGCGCCUGGAGACUUGUUACCCCCAGGGCGCCUCCUCGGGCCAGUGCUUCACGGUGGAGAGCGCGGACGCCGUGUGCGCCAGGAACUGGAGUCGGGGGGUGGCGGCCGCGGGGGAGGAGCAGCCGGUGAGGGGGACGCAUCCAGCUCCGCUCUGGAACUUGUCGGAUUUUUACCUUUCGUUUUGUAAUUCCUACACACUUUGGGAGUUGUUCUCGGGGUUGUCCAGUCCCAACACUUUGAACUGUAGUCUGGAUGUGGUGCUCAAGGAGGGCGGCGAGAUGACCACUUGCAGGCAGUGCGUCGAGGCUUACCAAGACUACGACCACCACGCUCAGGAGAAAUACGAAGAGUUUGAGAGUGUGCUCCAUAAAUAUUUACAGUCGGAGGAGUACUCGGUGAAAUCGUGUCCUGAGGACUGUAAGAUUGUCUACAAAGCCUGGCUGUGUUCCCAGUACUUUGAAGUCGCUCAGUUUAACUGCAGAAAGACAAUUCCUUGCAAGCAAUACUGUUUGGAGGUUCAGACGAGGUGUCCGUUUAUAUUGCCCGACAAUGAUGAAGUCAUCUACGGGGGACUCUCCAGCUUCAUCUGUACAGGGCUCUAUGAAACCUUUCUAACCACGGAGGAACCCGAAUGCUGUGAUAUCAGGAGAGAAGAGCGCCCGAGCAAGCCCUCCAGAGGGACGCUGGGGACCAGCAGCCCCUGUCACAGGACAUCACUCACAGUGUCAUCAGCAGCCAGACUGUGCAACAGCAGACUCAAACUGUGCGUUCUCGUACUGAUUCUCCUGCACACAGUGCUCACGGCCUCCGUGGCGCAGAACAGCACGGCGCUGGGCUUGGGGGGCAUCCACGCGCUGGAAGAGAGCUCGCCGCGCGACGAGUAGCCCAGGAGGGGGCCCCCCCCAGCCCCCGCGCCCGCUGCCUCUCGGACACACACGGGGUGCUCUUACCCUCCCGCCGCUUCCCGCGAGGCCUUUAGGGUAAAACCGAGGAAGAUGGGCCUGGAUCCAAACGAGGACACAAACACAGCUUUUUAUUGACUAAAAGGCUGUAAAGUGACUUAAAUUUCUCACACCAUUUUAUACACUGUGUUUUAAUGUUUGGAGGUUUUCUUUGCUUUCCUUUGGUUUGGGUUUAUUUGUUCGUUUACUUUUUUGCACUUGUUACUACAGGAUUUAUUUUUGGGGAUGGUUUCUCAGAGGUAAACUAAGUCUUCACUGUCUCUCUCUCUCUAUAUAUAUAUAUUUCUAGUCAUUGUGUGUGUUCAUCAGAUAGUUCUGUCUCUCUGUCCUGUCAGUUUCUAUUAGAGGAAUGAUCGCUAUGACCUCACGGUAUAGCAAAAUACAACAACAACAAAAAAAAAUCAUAAAAGGUAAAAAAGACAAAAAAAAGAAAACAACAAAAAAUACAA